AUGGACGAGGUACAAUGGCCGCUACUGGUAUUAUUCUUCAUUCUAAUCCUGCUUGCCUUGUUUGGCAACUUGCUGGUCUGCGCGGCCAUCCUUUGGGAUCGAUCGCUAAGAAAACAACCCGAAAAUCUCUUUUUAGUGUCACUGGCUGUUUCGGACCUGCUGGUCUCUGUACUCGUCAUGGUAUUUGCUGCAGCCAAUGAUAUUCUCGGAUACUGGCCAUUUGGACAAAUUUAUUGUCAAUUCUGGAUAAGUUUUGAUAUUACUUGCUGUACUGCGAGUAUACUCAAUUUGUGCGCAAUAUCAUUAGACCGAUACUGGCAUAUCAGUCGACCGAUGGUUUACAUAAGAUAUUGUAACCGGCGGAGAAUCAAUUAUGUUAUAAUUGUUGUUUGGCUUUUGUCUGCUGCCAUUGGUGCAGCCCCACUUGGAUUUGGGUUUGGAUCGAAAGUCACUAUAAACAAUUCGACGGGCUUACCGGUUUGCGAAAUGCGUCUUCCAUUGGUGUACGCAAUUUCAAGCUCGAUGCUCUCCUUCUUUCUCCCGGCAGCCGUAAUGGUCAUUCUUUACACUAAAUUAUAUUUAUAUGCGCGCAAACAUGUGAGGAGCAUAAAAACACAGUUGCAACAGGCUACAUCAUUCCUUAUUAUGCAAUUGGCUUCUGAAAAGAUUCGCGAGGUAACCGCCGCAACUCUGAAGGGUGAAGCUCUACUUCCUCCGGACUCGCCAGCAACCACCGAACGCUCUGUGAUAACCAGGCGAUCGACAAUUUCGAGGACACCGCAGCGCGAGCAACGCCUUUUGAUGACGAGUAGCUCGAACAAAAUCAACUCCAUGAGAACCACAAUUUUUUCUAAAUUGAGCUUUUUCUGUCCAUCGCGGUUUAAGAACAGUGGGAGUGACGCAAAUCCGCAAACGCCAGCGGCCCACAACAGGAAUAAUAUCAGCGAUCAGAAAGCGAGACUUACAUUGGGCGUUAUUAUGGGUACAUUCCUUGUUUGCUGGCUUCCAUUUUUUAUCGUUAAUAUCAUGCGGUCUUGGGCUCCACACAUUUUCAAUACUACGUCAAUUUUGGCCGUCACUUGGCUUGGAUAUGCUAACUCAUCGGCCAAUCCACUAAUCUACAGUAUUUUCAAUCGUGACUUUCGGCGUGCCUUUAAGAAAAUCAUAGUUAACAUUUUCGGAUGUUGUUGGCAAGAACCGGAUCUUAACAAAUCCAUAUCUUCUCGAUACGCUGCGCCGGAAAUUGAGCGCAAACGCUCAUGCACAAAAUCAUCAGAAUCGGCCCACGAAAAUAAUAAUGAAUUUGGAACAACCCGAUUGAAUCUCUUAUCCAACAACAAUGAAAUCAUCGUCGAGGAGCAAUAA